GGUGCCUCCUGCCGCAGAGAGGGUACCUGCACCCCGACGAGUUCUUCCAGGCACCCGAGGUCAUGGCAGGAGAUAUUUUAAACCUACAGGUCUAUUAUCCAUGGGAGUUCCUUUCCAGCUCUCCUUGCAGAACAGUUGUUUUCCCAUUAAUGACAUCAGGAAUUACGUACUGGCUGAUCAAGUCUUUGCAGCAGUUGGACAUAUGUUCAAGUUGCAUCAACAGCUACACUCUCCUUGUAUCUCCUCGCCUGCUCUUUACAAUCUUUUCUUUCAUACUCGACUAUAGUGUUUAUCGAUUGGCCUCUUUCUGGGGAGCAGAUCCGUGGAAAGCGCUGGUACUUCUCGCUGGAUCAUAUGUCACGCUGGUGUUUUAUACAAGAACGUUUACCAACACACUCGAAGGACUUCUCUUUGCUCUUCUCAUGGUACUGGUUUCUUCAAAGAAGCCUAGUGGCAGCUCAGCAGAGCCUACAAGCAGCUCUCUCAUAGGGGUCAUAACAACUGCUGGGUUUUUCAACAGGCCAACCUUUCUGGCAUUUGCUCUAAUGCCCCUGCUUUACUGGGCCGGUUUAAUUGUUGACUCUCAGAAGAGCAUUAAAACUCUCAUAAAUCACUUUUUGAAGUUUAUCCUAUGUGCAUGUUUUACCGCUUUUGUUUUCAUAACUGCUGACACCUUCUAUUUUACCUCCGUGAGCUUAGACAACCUCUACAGCACUAACAAGAGCAGCCUAUUUGAUGUAAUAGUUCAAUUACAUGACAAAAUGGUAGUAACCCCCUUCAAUUUUCUCAGCUAUAAUCUUAAUCCUCAUAAUCUUGCACUGCAUGGAACUCACCCGCGAGUUACACAUUUUACAGUCAACGGAGUAAUGCUGUUUGGGAUCUUACAUAUUCUGGCCAUUGGUGCGGGCUUUAAAAUGCUAAAGAAAUACAUCCAUCAGUUAAUGCUGGUCAGAUGGUGCUACCGUGGGCCUCCUGGGUUGUUGUAUUCUGAGGGAAGUCCAACACUGCUGCUGUUUUAUUUUGUUCCUUUGGCAUUUCUCUCUCUGUUCAGUCACCAGGAGCCUCGGUUUCUCAUCCCUCUCAUCCUGCCAUUGGUCCUGCUCAGCGCGUCACCAAACAGAGCUGUAAAAUGGAAACUCCUCAUUGUUCUGUUCAACCUUCUGGGGGCACUUCUCUUUGGAUGUUUACACCAGGGAGGGCUCAUUCCCUGUUUGUUUCACUUGGAGCAGCUCAUCCAUUCUCCAGCGUCCUCAAGCCAUCCGCGACACUACACUCUGCUCUUUGCGCACACCUACAUGCCUCCAAGGUCUCUGCUCAAUAUCAAGCAGACAGACAUGCAUGUGGAAAUCAUUGACAUGGCUGGGGCUGGAGAAGAAACCCUUUGCCAGACAGUGGAGCAGCGAGCAAGCAAUUCUACCUGCAGUGACUGUCACAUCUUUAUUGUAAUCCCUGGUACAGUCAGAGCCACAAUUACAAAAUGUGGUGUCUCAUUCAAGAACGAGACUUUGAUAUUUCCUCACUUAUCAAUGGAAGACCCACCACAAAUACCUGUCCUAUCCAGUGGAAAUUGGAGGAGUCAGUUAGGACUUUACAUCCUUGAGCUAAACAGGUUUCAUCAGACCCUUUAGGUUUUAGGAGAACAAAGUUUUAGUCUUUUACCUCAUUUGGGUGCUGUCUGAUGGUGGCGUGAGACGUUCCUCUUUCAUGCACCCACCUUUCAGCACCAGCAGUGGUGCUGGGAGCUUUCCAGCAUAUCUUUAUUCCCAUUCCUCAUGCUCUUAGGGUAGCCAGUUCUGGAUAUAACCUGCUUAAAAUUUGACUUACUCAGCCCUGUGGUGUUUUAUAUGAACUUUUGUAAUUCUCCUGAUGAGAGAGGAUGAAAUCAGAGCCCACCAAAACUGUGAUUGAAGCUUAGCUGUUUCCCUGUGAGAUUUAUUUUUGAAAGCUCUUAUAAUCUCUGUCAGGGUUUGGGGACUGUGGGGCAUUUACUGAUAAUAGGCAUUAAUUCAGCUGCUGGAGAGAGGUUACAGGGUUAGACAAAAGCUCAUCUGACUCAGUAAUCUUUUAUUUUAUGUUCUUAAAAACUCAUUAGACCAGACGGCAGUCACAGUACUAUUCCACUGCCUUGGGUGGGUCCGUCUUGAAAAAUCCCCAGCACUGAUCUGGCAGAAUUCUGCUUUAGAACAUGGAGGAUGCUUCAGCCUAAGUACUUGUGCUAAAUCCUAAAAUCCAGGCUUUUCCUCUUUAGCCUUCCUUGCCACAGUUCCAUCCUCGUGAAUGUGCUACUCACGUACCGCCCUGGGCAGCUCGGGAGGGCAGCACUGUGAUGGCAUUAAGCGUGUGCGGUGUUCCACGGCUGCAGCUCGGGCACUCCUUCCCUUGUGCGCUCCUGCCACUCAUCUCGUAGCUGUCUCUGCUCUGUCAUGAGUCACCCCGGCAGAACACAUGGCAGGUCCUGCGGGAGCUGGAUCGAGGAGCUGUGCAGACAAAGUGGGUAACUGGGAGGCAUUCAAUCCUUUGUGCCAUUGGACCAGAAGCACCUCUGAAUGGGCUCAGCAAAGCCCUCCACAGUUCUGCUGCCCUGCAGGGAAGGCAGCCUCGAGGGAGGAGCAGCCCCCUCCUAGUGCACUAACUGCUCCCCAUUAAAUCAGUUCAGUGGGAAUGACAGCUCUUAUCCUGGCUUUCUGCUGGAGAGCAGUCUCUUUUCAAACUGGACCAACAACUGGGCUUCAGCUGACAAUGAUGUAUAUGCUCAACAGCACAGUAUGACCUACAGUUUUUGGUUUUGCCUAUGUAAACUUCUGGAUCCAAAACAUCCUGACUUGCACAUGCGUUGUAGAUCAAGCCUCUCUCUGAAACAAAUUUGACACUUCAAUUAUUUAUGCUCACAAAGGUGGUAAUGCUUUUGGCAGUUCUUCACCCACAGAACCUUACAUAAGGUCUUAAGAGCCAGGUUUUCAACAGUGACAAGAAUAAUACAGAUUGAUGCCAGGCUCUAAGGCAUAAACUAGGAAAAAUGAAUGUGUGAAUUUGCCUUUCUUUUCCAAACUAUAGGUAUGGCCUGGAUGUUUAGGGAACAUAGCUCUUGUUCUCUUGUAAAGCAUUUUGCCAUGUGUUCUCUGUAUGUUCAUCCCACAUCCUUCAUUCCUCACUGCUGGCCUGUCUGUAAAUUAAAGGUGUUUGGGGGGAGGCAGGGAGAGAGAGAGAGAGAGAGGGAGAGAGAGAGAGAGAGAACGUGCCUGUGUGUACUGGUGACUCACAAAGUAGUGUAAGUAGUUGUGAAAGCAUCAUGACAGCAAAUGUAUUUUCCAAGUUAUUUUUCUUCUUGCUCUCUUACACUGGGAUGACACAACCAUGUGCCACAGCUGGUACUCCAUGCCCUGCUUCUCAUUUUCAGCUUGCUUAACUUAAAUCCUGAACAUUACUUUUGUAAAACUUACGAAUUUUGGCAGUCUGAGUGGGGUACAUCUUGAAAUUCUCUGGGGAUGUAACGGAGCACCAGUCCCAUGGGAUGAUGACUUCUCUACCACUGCACAGGUAACCCGCAGAGAGCCAGCAAGAGAAACUGGACUACAAAUACCAGCUCAGAUUAACAACAUACUGCUUUUGUCUUUCCAGCCAGACUUUUGAAUUUACACUGUAGUCGGUUUCUCCAUCCAUGCACACCUGUCUUUGUUGCUGGAGGUAUAAUUCUACCAGCAAUGCAGGAAACUGUAUCAAAAUACAACGUUCUUCUCAGCUGCGAUGAUACAAGGAAUGGAAAUGACCCUCCCCAGUUAACUGAACCUCUACUCAGCUGGACCAGUGAAACAUGCUCUGAAGGAAGGUUAAUUGCUGUCACGUUGUAGAUGUCAUCAGAUACAGCAUCUUAAGCAAACCUGCCCAACGCAUUACAUGUGAUGGAUGCAUCCUUUUCCAUUAUGUAUCUGUAUUUCCAUUUAUAUGUAGGGUGGUUCUAGUGGUCAUCUUUUUUCCCUGUAAACCCUUCUUGCUACAAUAGACUUCAGGUGUGCUUUUAGGAUAGCUACUGAAUCCCUUUUGCCUCCUGUAAGAUAUCCAUUAUCCUGUCCAUCGUCAACACUUAAAACCCUUUUUGUAACAAAACUGUAUCAAAUAUAGAAUAUUACUCCUGUAUACACAGACAUUGUUACAGGUACUCCCGUAAGAACUGUGAUUUUAUUUCAAGUUUCUUAUUGAGCAUUUAAAGUGACAACCUUCACAGCAUUGUAGGUGAUUAUAAAGUGAGUCUGCUUGUUCCUGA